AUGGUUGAGUUUGAAGUGCCAAACUCUCCCGUGCGAGAGGAUGAAACGAUCAGCUGGGAACUGGUUGAACAACUCUUGGCUGCUGUUUCAUCUGAUCGUAAGACCACGGUACAAGACCGCAUUAAUGAGAUGUCAGGAAGGAAAACGCGCAGACACGGGUUUUGCCAGCGGCAUGUCUACACUGCGGAUCUGGCCGAAUACCUCAAUCUGGCAUCUCGCACAGACUUAGAGCGCAUUUCUCGAAAUGGUGUCUCUGAUGGACGAAUCUUUUACCUGCUCAACAGAAAGUACAUCAAAUUACGACAUUUCUAUGAACGGCAUAAAGUUGCAAAGCAUCGCUUCAAAAAGAAGAACUUCAAUGUGUACCUGGAAGAUUUUAAACGCUACCAGGCUAGCCGUGGCCGCGGUGGUAAAGCCUACUACGAGACCAUCGAGGAUAAACUCAGUUCUAUCGCUGAUCGUCGCUACUUAGUGAGGUUGCAAAGAAUGGAACUUGAGCAGGUGAGCACAGACGAAAGCGAGGAAUCUGUAGAAGAAAUUGACCCGGUGGUAAAUGAGUCAAUUAGUCUCCUAUCUGAUGAGGAGGAGACAGCAGCAAAGGGGGUUCUGCCGUCGGCAGUGCAAAACACUACUGUUGAUGCCGAGAAUAGCCAAGUGAGUAUCGACCUCUCCUCGCCUCCCACUACUCCCGUGAGUGUCCGAUCACUAAGCUCAGCCCCCCUAGUACAACAGGAUGCUACACCGGGGCCUGUCAACUCCCCGGGCGCCUCAACGAAAUCGCCACAACAGCCGCGCACUGGCACACAACAAUUGCUGGAGGAGUUUUCGAAUCUUGAACCUGACUACAGCCGCAGGACACGAAGGCAUAAAUUUUCGCAAGACCAUGUGUAUGUCACUGACAUAGCAGUGUAUUUGAGUCUAUCUUCGGUUUACCAGCUGAACGAUCUUUAUGACCAGGGAAAAUCCUACAACGAAAUCAUGUCAUAUUUGGAGUCUGUUUAUUCUCAGAGACGAAAGGAACGUGAGGAAAAAGAGAUCGGCUACGGUCCUUUUUACAAGCCAACGUUUGCUGCGUACCUUGCCUCCGAAACUCACAAGCUGGCAGAGCAGAAUAAUGUUGCGAAAGAGACAGCCAUGAGCGAUAGUGGCGAAGAUGAAUACGUGGAGAAUGAACUCCCUAUCUUGUCCUCACCUGUGUUGGCACCAGACGCGCACAGCGAGAACGAUAAUCUCUCACUGAUGGAACUUCCUUGUCCUGAGGGUUUCAAGGAGAACAGUCAAGAUAGUCAGGAGGACGCUUUCGUAUUUCGCAACCGUCUGCUAAAGAAAAAGAAUGCUUUGGCGGGCGUGCUUCCGCAAUCAUUUUUAAAGCUCAACGAGCCACAGUCGGUCACCAGGCGACAACGAGAACCACGGGCACCGCGACCAGGCCUUGCACGGAAGAGGAAUCAUAAAUACUCCAGGACUGACGAAUUUGCCGAUUUCUUGACCAAUGGCGAUCUCCAAACAGAGAUUCGGCCAUUCAAGUACGUGGAGACAAGAGCGAGAUGCACGCCUUUUCAAUUGGAACCAACAUUCGAGUCUACGGAAAAUGUUAAGGUUAUUUCUUCUCCAUCUUCCGACUCUGAUGUGAAAGAGCUUUUUGAAGUGACUGUUAGGAAGGACUAUGCAGAAGAAGAUCGAUCAGCAGGCAUUGAUUACAUGCUUAGCAGAGCCUCAAAAACUAAGAGAAAGGCGAAGAGCAAAUCUAAAAGACCACGCACUGGCACAUAUAGACGGCCACGAAGUGAAACUCCCUCACUAAGAUACGGACGUAAGGCGAUUCAAAGAACCACAGAGUUUCUUUCGAAAAGGCCCCUAGAACAAAUGAUAUGGAUUAGUGAUGAGGAUACAAGAAACACAGACAAACAAUCAAGAAACAUAGAGAAGCGUACCCCAAUAGCAAGCCACAAGCGCAGAAAGAAACUUGCCAUUACAGGAAACCCGGGAGAUCCAGAGCAUUUUUAUUACCAGAGACGUCGGAUUUUCGGCACUGCUCAACUGGAAGCUAUAGCAAACGAGGAAGUGAUGGAGGUCAGGCAACCACUACAGAACAAAACCAAUUCAUAUACUAAUGUCUCGGAUAGGCUGGGUAAAACUCAUUUGCAAAAGGCAUUCCAUAUGGGAGACUUGAGCCUUGACAGAUUUCAGGAUCUUGACUCUUCCACGUCCUCGUUGAUUAAUUCCAGACUCUUCCAUGCUUGUUUGGACGAGGAUGGCAACUACUACAAGCCCGAACCUAUCGAAUUCUCAUUCGGAAACCUGCAUUACUCACUUGACAACUCCAAUAUAGAGAAAGCUCCAAGAUUGACAGAAGUCUUGCUGAAGCAACUAUUUGCAUCUCUUGCUAAAGAAGCAUUAUCUGAGGAAGACCACAACAGUGUUAGGAAAACCUACAUCUGCAUUCUGCAAUUGACUUGGAAUAUGAUCAGAUGGAGUCGGCACGAUUUCAUAAGAUUUGCGAAGGUCCUCUUAUCCUCGUCUUGGACGUUUUUGGAUCUUACAAUUAAAGCAAAAACCAAACUUCUAUAUGCGCCCUUUCAUCUAACCCUGACUACUCUCGCAGGUAGGAUUAUGAGACAGCUCAAGGAAGAUCAUCAAGGUUUUGAUCAUGUCAUAGUAAAAUUGCAGAGACAAAUCAACAGACUAGCAUGCUCGGUUUCCAAAUCUCAUUUCUAUUACGCAUUGAAGGAUGACUCAACUAAGUUUAUGGAAUCGAUGCUGAUGUUUCUUGCCUUGUGUCCAAACCCUUGGAAUCAGGUAGCAUCUUUGGCGAGAGAGUAUGAGCUGUCAUUCGAAAACGUGGUAAGUUAUCUGUAUUUUGUUCACUCCCAGAGGCCAGUUCUAGUUGAUUGGGAGUUUUUCAUGCAUGAAAUUGAAACUCUAAAAGACCCUCUUGAUAUACGGAAGUCUCGAGCUGUUCUAUCAACGGUCAUGAAAAUUAUCAAGGAGCUAAAUUGGAAUUUCGAGGAGCUUUUACUGGUAAAGAUCUAUAGACUCAUCAGCUACCAUCGCUUUGAGAAUACUGGAAGUAUGAAGAGAGUCACAAGCAAUGUGCCGUUGUCCCUCACCAUUUCUGAGUCUGAUGGAUUCCUAGACAUGUACAUCAAAUUCCUGACUCUGUAUGUCCAGCAAUAUAUGGAACCAGAGAAAAGGAUGAGCUUGAUCGAGAAAGUCACGCCUGUGAGCGACAUCAGCACGUGCACUGCUAAACUUCUUGGGAAUCGAAUUUGCCUUCUUAUGGUGAUGACUCGACUAUUCAAGCAUGACUUUUCGAAACAAGUGGCCAAUGUCUUCGGGGUUUUGAUUGGGCUUGGAUCAUCAUCGGCAAAUGAGCAUACUCUCGAUCUCGUUAGUUCUUACACACAAUGUCAGUUCGAAGUCUUCAAAAAAGCUCCUCUGGCGCUUCUUCGUGGAUGCUUGGUUCAAGUUGUCGAUUCAAUCAACAGCUUAAGGCUGACCUCAGAUGUAUGCUCCGAUAAAUUCCGUUAUCUGGCGAAGCAAAUAUGGGAUGCAGCUAUCGAUGAUAAAGAAGACGGCCGAGUUGGUCACUACUUGUUGGUGUUUAUCUCUUUACUGAAAAUUCGAGUGUCGCACCUUUCAGUUGUGAUUCAAAGAACGAUAGACGUCAUUCGAAAACUUAUUUGGAUGAAGCCGGUCGCUUUCCAAAAACUAACUCCCAAAUUACGAACAGAGUUACUUUCUGCGCUGAAAUCAAUUGUGCUAGCGCCGGAAUUACUCAGCGAAUCCCUUAAAAAGUCAAGUAUUCAUCUUUGGGUGCAUAUUAGCUCUAUCACUGGAGUUGUUACUGAUGCUUUGAUUCACCUGGAGUGGCAGUAUUUUGGCACUGCCCAUACGAGGUCCAAGUACGAGUUGGCAUUCUUCACAUCAGUAAUGACAUUUUACAGGGAUCAAAUUUCAGCUAGCUCAUUCUCGGAAAUGUUCAGGGUAUUCCUCCAAAAGCUUGCUGAUAUAUGCACCAGAGACCUUUUUGAUUUCUGUAAGCUUCUGGCACAACAAAACGGACACAGUGGAUAUCUAGAGUUUAGAACUGGCAAAAGCCUCUCGGAUAUGUCGAUGGAGGAAUUCUCGGAUCAAAUAAUGCGUGUUAGCGUUCGGAUUCUCGCUCGUUUGGUGGUUGCAGCUAAAAGAGGCAAGGAACAAGAUGCCGACUAUCUAAAAGUAUUUGUGAGGUCCUUGAGCGACGUAUACAAGAGAUCUAUCGCCCAGGGUAAGUUCGAAAAACCUAAAGAAGAUUUUGUUACGCUGAUCCGGUACCUCAAUACCGUUGCAAGCUCUGUUUUACAGACAGUGCCAGAAUUUAUUGACUUGAGGCAUGAAUUGGCAAUUGAGGACGUGCAAGCGCCACUUAACGAACGCUUUGAAUCUACAGACAAUAUGACAGACCUCAUGAUCCUUCUGGAGAGCGAGUAUAUCAACUCGUUGAUCAAUUACAAGCUUGAACUUUUUCGGGAUGACGUGGUUUCAGAUCUUGAUGAACUGCCAGUGCUUGAAGUCAAUCCACUUCACAAAUCGGUGUUUUAUUCCCUUUUGACCAUUAUCUCUCUGCAUUUGCAUCAACUUUCUUUUGACAAAUCCCAUUGGAUUCAUCUUCGAAACUGGCUGGAUAUAAUUGUCCUUGCUGUGAAGAAACGUAGAUCGUUUUCGCAGGCAGAUGUCUGGACUCUAGUUAGAUUGAUCACCUUGUGUUCUGAAAUCGGGAGCUAUAAAACAUCGAACGAGGAUUCUUGGAGGCAAUGCUCUGAAUUGAUAUAUGAGCUCUUAAAUCACCUAUCAGUUGCUUUUCUGGGCUACGAUGAUAUGGCAGAUUUCAAGAGAUUGUUCAUAUUACUGGAAGCUUUGGACGAGCCAAAGGAGUACUUGAGAUAUGCCUUCGAAGUUCCUGAAAACCUGCUAAUGGAAUUCAACGCUUUGUACACCGAAUAUUCCAGCCUACUGGUAACAAGACUACAAGGCCGUGAAAUCACUACCGUUAACUGUGAUCUUGCAGGGUCAAAAGCUCUUGCUGAGCAAUCAUGUGGAAUAUAUGGCCCUAGUUUUCGUGCUAUGGCUUCCAAUGAUUUUGAAGGAAUUGCAUUUAAUUAA